CAAAGCAUAGGUGUGAUUACUACUGGCUUUAUAAUCCUAAAUUGCAUAGCUGUGAACCUGAACAGUUAUUGCGUGCGCAUUUCAAGUUCUACCUUCUGUCAUAUUAUUCUAUAGGCUUCUAAGGCCUUGCCUAACGUAACACCCCGUUCUGUCAGCUGUUUGGCCCGAUCGUGCGCAACUGCCUCGCCCCAAGCCGCAUACAACAUGUCUGCUCCACUUGCCGACCAACUGGACAUUGUAAUUCCGACUAUCAGGAAUCUGGAUUUCCUGGAGGAAUGGCGUCCUUUCUUCCAGCCUUACCAUCUGAUCAUCGUCCAAGAUGGCGACCCUACGAAGAAGAUUCAUGUGCCUGAAGGAUUUGACUACGAGCUCUACAACCGUAACGAUAUCGAGCGCAUUCUUGGUGAUAAGGCGUGGGCCAUUUCGUUCAAGGACUCGGCAUGCCGUUGCUUCGGUUUCAUGGUGUCGAAGAAAAAGUACAUCUACACGAUUGACGACGACUGCUUUGUCGCCAAGGAUCCUUCCGGGAAGCCGAUCAACGUGUUGGAGCAGCACAUCAAGAACCUGUUGACUCCGUCGACGCCCUUCUUCUUCAACACCCUGUAUGACCCGUACCGCGAAGGUGCCGACUUCGUGCGCGGUUAUCCUUUCAGCCUUCGUGAGGGCAUUCCCACUGCCACCUCCCAUGGCCUCUGGAUGAACAUCCCCGACUACGAUGCGCCCACACAGGCAAGGAUGGACGAGUGGGAUUGCUUGCAAACGUGCUGGGGGCCCCAUGCAUUCCCACAUUCUAUACCUGCACGCCAGCAUAUGGUGAAGCCUCGGGAGCGCAACCAGCGCUACGUUGACGCCGUCAUGACGGUGCCCAAGGGCACCCUCUAUCCCAUGUGCGGCAUGAAUUUGGCCUUCGACAGGGAUCUGAUUGGAGCGGCCAUGUACUUCGGGCUUAUGGGUGAGGGCCAGCCCAUUGGCCGCUACGAUGACAUGUGGGCGGGCUGGUGCACCAAGGUCAUUUGCGACCAUCUGGGAGUGGGCUGCAAGACGGGCCUGCCGUACGUGUGGCACAGCAAGGCCAGCAACCCCUUCGUGAACCUGCGCAAGGAGUACAAGGGCAUCUUCUGGCAGGAGGAAAUCAUCCCCUUCUUCCAGAACCUCACCCUUAGCAAGACAUCAACCAACGUGGAGCAGUGCUACCUGGAGCUGGCUGAAUUGGUGCGCAAGGGUCUGGGCCACAUCGACCCUUACUUCUCCAAGCUUGCGGAUGGCAUGGUGGCCUGGAUCGAGGGUUGGCGCCUGUUGAACCCGCCGGCCGCCAGCGCUUAAAGCGCUUUGGUUCCUGCUUAUCUAGGUCUUUCCGAGCUCGAGUCUAGGUGGCCGUGAGCCAGCUGCUGCAUGUUGCGCUCCGCUUCGCCGGCUGGGGUGCAGUGGCCAUUGACAGAGCCCUCGCGCUUGUGGGUGACGAGUCCCGGGACGCAUUACAAAAGGAGGAGCAGCACUCCAUGCGGGCUUUUGCGGCCACUGGACGCAUGACGGGUUGAUCUGGCUCUAGUUCUGGCGGUGUACCUGUUGUGUGUUGCUGCUGAGUAGCCCCGUUCAGCUUCGUGGCGCGUACCAGGCCGCGAACGUUACUCCAUUUAGGGCGAAUAGGCGGGAUGAUGAAAGUGGGAUGCGCAGUGCGGGCCAGAAUUAGCGAAACGACAAUAAGCUUGGCCGAAGGUUUUGUCAUGGCCACAGUGAUACGGUACGCUGCGGUGCAAACUGCGAAGGUUGGCGGAAAACACUGCACAUAAGUGCCUCGGAAUGGUUUCGGUGGUUGUCUGCCGGCGGCUAAACCUGCGUCGCACGUGGAAGGCAGUUCGGCCGUGAUGUGACUUUCGCGGUGACGACCUGAAGUGCCGCGAUGUACGAAUUGCGUGAUCCUGAAUGUGACCUGCUGAGUUGUGUAUUACUGUUCCUUACUUGACAUGCCAGAACGUUCCUCGUCUUUUAACUUGAGCAGGGGAGCACGACUGACCGUAUGAUCAUUUGAAAUUGCGCAACCCACUGACUGCAAUUUCCCCAAUGACCGAAUCUGUCGAAUAGCGUGCUUGCAUUAGAGGAGCUUGCUGUAUGCGCGCAAGCAAUGAGGAGUUGCUGGGUUCAUCGCCGCUGCGUACAAUUCCUUUAGCCGUUGCUUUGUUUUUGGUGCAUGGCCUUCCCAGCCGCAGGCUUCUGCACAGGCGGCUUUCUGCGUAUGGCAGGAUUUGUCAUGAAUUUUGAAUCUCCGAACUCUUGUAUAGGUCAUGACGCGAUCGGUUGCAGGAGUUUGGGAAGAGUGGUACGGUAUUGUAGCUUGACAAGUUUUGCGAGCGCCUUGUCUUUGUCCUGCUUCCGUGGUGUUGUUGGUGGGUGCAACCGUGUGCAACCUGUGCAACAAGCAAGCAUGUACGUCGCACGGAUGUGGAUGGCGUUGUGACCCUACUGUGCGUGUGUGGCUUCGGCGGGAGAGGCUAUCCUGUAGAGCAUGAAAGGGCUCCAACCUUAUCGGAAUGUUAGGGGUGAAAUUUGAGCUGACGCGGUUAUACGUCUUUGUAACACUACGGGCACGA